AUGACCGACUCCAAGAUCCCGAGCGACCCCCCGCCCGAGUACUCGCCGGCCGAGCACGCGGCGGCCGGCACUGGCCCGCGACCCGGGGGCCCCGUCCGGCGCCCAGUCCAGCCGCUCGACAUCCCCAUCAUCCGGCACCUCAACGCCAAGAGGGUCGUCCUCGCCUCGGCGUCGCCACGGCGCAAGGCGCUGCUGCAGCAGGUAUGCAACGGCGGACUGAUGGGCCUGACCAACCUCGAAAUCAACCCGUCCGACAAGCCCGAGGACCUCGACAAGUCGGCCUACGGGCCGUGGGAGUACGUCGCCGAGACGGCGCGGCGCAAGUGCCUCGACGUCUACACCAAGUGCCUCGAGACGCAGCUGGCGUCCAUCCCCGACCCGGAGCUCGUCAUCGCGGCCGACACCAUCAUCGUGACGCGCGACGGGCGGAUCCUCGAGAAGCCGCGGAGCGAGGCGGAGCACGUCAAGAUGCUCAAGUACAUGCGCGACACGGAGAUGCACCGGGUGCUGACGGCGGUGACGGUGCUGGCGCCGCGCGAGGACGCGCGGCACCCGGGGUACAGCAUCACGAGCCACACCGAGGAGACCAAGGUGUAUUUCUGGGGGGAGGAGAACGGGCUGCCCGACGACGUCAUCGAGGCGUACGUCAGGACGCGCGAGGGCGUGGACAAGGCCGGGGGCUACGCCGUGCAGGGCAUCGCCGGCAUGCUGCUGGUCGAGAAGAUUGACGGGAGCGUCGACAACGUCGUCGGCCUGCCGGUGAGGAGAUGUCUGUCCAUGGCCGAGAAGGUCAUUUUCCGGCAGGACGAGGAGGGCGACGAGGAGCAAUCGGGCGAGGAGGAUCUACUAUGA